AUGCUAUCAGACACCCGCCGUUGGUCGGAGAAGUUCGUUAUCAAACAUCCUUGGCAUGAUGUCGUUAGCUCUGUACAAUUUAAAUAUCCCAACCCAUUCAAUCCAAAUGUACUAAACAUAGAUAUUCUUAGUCGUCAGAUCGAUCUUACCUGUGGCUCUAUACACAGUUACAAGCUGAUUAACUCCUCUUGGCCCAUGUUUCAUAUGGGUCAACUGAAGGCACUGGAAUAUAGUUGUAUUCAUAUCCCGGAGAAACGAAUGGUCUCUGAUACAAUAAAUAUCGACUUUCAAGGUGUACUAAAUGGCACAGAACAUAUGGAAUAUACUGUUCACCCAGAAAAUAAAGAUUGGACUGUCCUAGAGCAUUCAAUUUCAGUGAAAGCAUUUUCACUUAUUGCAAUCUCAGCUGUGAGUAUGAGUAAGCAGAAUGCACAUCAGGGUCGCGAGGCAUUGAACUGGGUUAUUGAUCAUCGCCUUCCAAUUAUCCGUUCAUCCAUCGGGAAUCGUGAUCCUUGUAAUUCCUCUUCCGUUAAUGCGCAUGAACAACUUAAUACAUCGGUACCGUCUUAUGUACCUCCAUUGUCUAGCGCAAACGUUCAAAUUAUGCAUUCACCUUCUCAGAGCUUCGAACAAAUUACAGUGAGACCACCGACUCUGUCAUCAUCAUCGAAUCAGAAGUCUUCCAGUUCGUCAUUUUUUGCUGACAUUUCUAGACAUAAUCCUCUUGGUUCACAGUCUUCCAAAGAUAUCGUUACUCACUCCCAAAACGAUUCCUUGGAAUCAACAUUGGAGACAAUUUCUCGUGAUGUAACAUCUAUUACUGACACCAUAGUUAGACGUUCUCAACGAGUAGCACAUCUUUUCUCCAGAGUUGAUGAAUACGUAGUUAUUUUGUAA